GUGAUGGAGGAGAGAAGAUGGCGGAAGCGGAAUUUAAGGACCACAGUACAACUAUGGAUAGUGAACCAAACCCUGGAGCAUCUUCUGUAUCAACAACAGCCAGUAGCACCACUACCACCACCAUCACCACGUCCUCAUCACGAAUGCAGCAGCCACAGAUUUCUGUAUACAGUGGUUCAGACCGACAUGCUGUACAGGUCAUUCAGCAGGCAUUGCAUCGUCCCCCAAGUUCAGCUGCUCAGUACCUACAGCAGAUGUAUGCUGCUCAGCAGCAGCACUUGAUGCUACACACUGCAGCCCUUCAGCAGCAGCAUCUGAGUAGCUCCCAGCUCCAGAGCCUUGCUGCUGUGCAGGCAAGUUUGUCCAGUGGAAGACCACCUACAUCCCCUACAGGAAGUGUCACACAACAGUCAAGUAUGUCCCAGACAUCUAUCAACCUCUCCACUUCUCCUACUCCUGCACAGUUAAUAAGCCGUUCCCAGGCUUCCAGUUCUACCAGCGGCAGUAUUACCCAACAGACUAUGUUACUAGGGAGUACCUCUCCUACCCUAACUGCAAGCCAAGCUCAAAUGUAUCUCCGAGCUCAAAUGCUGAUUUUCACACCCGCUACCACUGUGGCUGCUGUACAGUCUGACAUUCCUGUUGUCUCGUCGUCGUCGUCGUCAUCGUCAUCUUCCUGUCAGUCUGCAGCUACUCAGGUUCAAAAUUUAACAUUACGUAGCCAGAAGUUGGGUGUACUGUCUAGCUCACAAAAUGGUCCACCGAAAAGCACUAGUCAAACCCAGUCAUUGACAAUUUGUCAUAACAAAACAACAGUGACCAGUUCUAAAAUCAGCCAACGAGAUCCUUCUCCAGAAAGUAACAAGAAAGGAGAAAGUCCAAGUCUGGAGUCAAGAAGCACAGCUGUCACCCGGACAUCAAGUAUUCACCAGUUAAUAGCACCAGCUUCUUAUUCUCCAAUUCAGCCUCAUUCUCUAAUAAAACAUCAACAGAUUCCUCUUCAUUCACCACCUCCCAAGGUUUCCCAUCAUCAGCUGAUAUUGCAACAGCAACAACAGCAAAUUCAGCCAAUCACUCUUCAGAAUCCAACUCAAGAUCCGCCCCCAUCCCAGCACUGUAUACCACUCCAAAACCAUGGCCUUCCUCCAGCUUCCAGUAAUACUCAGUCACAACAUUGUUCACCAAUUCAGAGCCACCCCCCUCCUUUAACUGUAUCUCCCAAUCAGUCACAGUCAGCCCAGCAGUCUGUAGUGGUGUCUCCUCCACCACCUCAUUCACCAAGUCAAUCUCCAACUAUAAUUAUCCAUCCACAAGCACUUAUGCAGCCACACCCUCUUGUGUCAUCAGCUCUUCAGCCAGGGCCAAAUUUGCAGCAGUCCACUGCUAAUCAAGUGCAGCCAACAGCACAGCUGAAUCUUCCAUCCCAUCUUCCACUUCCAGCUUCCCCUGUUGUACACAUUGGCCCAGUUCAGCAGUCUGCCCUGGUGUCCCCCGGUCAGCAGAUUGUGUCUCCGACAUCACACCAACAAUAUUCAGCCCUUCAGUCCUCUCCAAUUCCAAUUGCAACCCCACCACAGAUGUCAACAUCUCCUCCAGCUCAGAUUCCACCACUGCCCUUGCAGUCUAUGCAGUCUUUACAAGUGCAGCCUGAAAUUCUGUCCCAGGGCCAGGUUUUGGUGCAGAAUGCUUUGGUGUCAGAAGAGGAACUUCCGGCUGCAGAGGCUUUGGUCCAGUUGCCAUUUCAGACCCUUCCUCCUCCCCAGACUGUUGCAGUAAAUCUACAAGUACAACCACCAGCACCUGUUGAUCCGCCAGUGGGAAUGCAUUUGAACCAGUGUCAUCUGCACAAAGUUUUUUCUCUUAAGGUUUACCAGGUUGAAGACAUGUGUGAGGAAGAAAUGCCUGAAGGGUCUGAUGAAUGUGUCCGCAUGGACAGAACCCCCCCACCGCCCACUUUGUCUCCAGCGGCUAUCACUGUGGGAAGAGCUGAGGAUUUGACCUCUGAACAUCCUUUGUUGGAGCAAGUGGAAUUACCUACCGUGGCGUCUGUCAGUGCAUCAGUAAUUAAAUCUCCAUCGGACCCCUCCCAUGUUUCUGUACCUCCACCUCCACUCUUACUUCCAGCCGCCACCACCAGGGCUAAUAGUACAUCGAUGCCAAGCAGCCUCCCCGGCAUAGAAAACAAGCCUCCACAGGCUAUCGUGAAACCACAGAUCUUGACCCAUGUUAUUGAAGGCUUUGUCAUUCAGGAGGGGUUGGAGCCAUUCCCUGUGAGUCGUUCAUCUUUACUAAUAGAACAACCUGUGAAAAAAAGACCUCUUUUGGAUAAUCAGGUGGUGAAUUCUGUGUGUGUUCAGCCAGAGCUACAGAACAAUACAAAGCAUGCAGAUAAUUCCUCUGACACAGAGAUGGAAGACAUGAUGGCUGAAGAGACAUUAGAAGAAAUGGACAGUGAGCUGCUCAAGUGCGAAUUCUGUGGGAAAAUGGGAUAUGCUAAUGAAUUUUUGAGAUCAAAAAGAUUCUGUACUAUGUCAUGUGCCAAAAGGUACAAUGUUAGCUGUUCUAAAAAAUUUGCCCUUAGUCGUUGGAAUCGUAAGCCUGAUAAUCAGAGUCUUGGGCACCGUGGCCGCCGUCCAAGUGGCCCUGAAGGGGCAGCAAGAGAACAUAUCCUUAGGCAGCUUCCAAUUACUUAUCCAUCUGCAGAAGAAGACUUGGCUUCUCAUGAAGAUGCUGUGCCAUCUGCUAUGACAACUCGUCUGCGCAGGCAGAGUGAGCGGGAAAGAGAGCGUGAGCUUCGAGAUGUAAGAAUUAGGAAAAUGCCUGAGAACAGUGACUUGUUACCAGUUGCACAGACAGAGCCCUCUAUAUGGACAGUUGAUGAUGUCUGGGCCUUCAUCCAUUCUUUACCGGGCUGCCAGGAUAUUGCAGAUGAAUUCAGAGCACAAGAGAUAGAUGGACAGGCCCUUCUCUUGCUCAAAGAAGACCAUCUCAUGAGUGCAAUGAAUAUUAAGCUGGGCCCUGCCCUGAAGAUCUGUGCACGCAUCAACUCUUUGAAGGAAUCUUAACAGAAUAUGAAGCUUUCAUGUAACACCAAUUUGAUUUGUUUUUACAGACUUGUAAGGUAAAGGCUUUCAUUGGCCUAGAAUAAUAUACUUAAAAUGGAAGGCUAAACACAUUGGGAUCACUUCUACAGAUACAAUAAUCCAUCAUAAUUUUCAUAAUUACCCAACAUUGGUGAAAUUAAUUUUACAAGGUACAUACAACAUUGAAAGACUUGUUACAGAUGGCCAUAUUUUUCAAAGAAACGUUAUACUAGAUAAUUUUUUAAAUGUGAUGUUCAUCAUUAAUAUAUAGAAUCCUUUUAAAAAUAAUUAUUUACAUUUCUUCUC